AUGAGUGAAUAGUUAAAUAUAAGUAAUGGGGAAUAUUUUAAAUUGGUUGAAAAAGGAGUAAAAAUAACAAGAGGUGCAGUUUAGAAAUAAUCAACUUAUACUGAUAAUCAAAAUAUUAGUUAAUCAUUUAAUGAAUAAAGUUCUGGAGAAUAAGCAUUAAGUAGCUCUCAUCAUCAAAGUAGUAUGAUUUAAUAAUCUACUCAUAAUGAUUAAUAGAAGAAGACAUAAAAAUAAAAGAAAUCUUAACAUAAAAAAUUACCAAACUCAUGUACUUCAUGUGCUACUUAAGUUAUUGAGAAUUCUUUAUGUAAUGAAUGUCUAAUUAAAUACGAGAAAAAUAAAUAUUGCAUUUUAUGCAAAAAAUCUAUGUUUGAAAGGGAUAAAGCAGAAAACAUAUGUGAGUGUCGUGAUUGUGGUUUAUAUGUUCACAAAAAGUGUGAACCUCUAUUUAAAGAUCGUAAACCUAAUUUCGACUCUUAUAGAUGUCCCAAAUGUCGUAUAGAAUUAAGGAAAAUUAUCUUUUGUGAACUAAUAAGAUAUUUAACAUAUUUUGAUGAUGAAAAAUUAUUAUGGUAAUAUGAUCCAAGUUCUGUUAAAUAUAGAGAAGUUAUUAAAAAUCCUAUAGAUUUUGAUACUAUUCAUAAGAAAAAUAAAAAGGGUGAAUAUUUAGAUAAUCCUGAAUUAAAACUCUACUCAGAUAUUAAAUUAAUGUGUUUUAAUUUUUUAGAGUUUAAUUUAUCAAAUCCUAAAGCUCAUCGUAAAGGAAGUAUUCUAAAAAUUUUAUAUGAUAUUUUGUUUCAAUAAUUUAGAGCUUACUUAAAAUUAACAGAUGAAGAUCUAUUAACAUAUAAAAAUAAUAUUCAUUUAUUUACUUCUGAAAAUGUAUAAAUGGCAUUUAGAUUAUUUUUGAAUUAUGGGUUUGGUGGAAAAGAUUUAGUAACUAUUGAAGGAAUAAAUAAUUAUAUUCCAUUAUGGGAACCAUAAUUAUUGAGUAUUACAUAACCAGUACCUUCUAGAAAUGUUAAAAGUAAUUUAAUAUAAUGGGAAAAGACUAUUAAUCCAAAUUUAGAUUUUGAAAAUGAAGAUGAACCACUAAUCAAAUUAAAUAUGAUUGAUUUUUUAAAGUAAUAAGUUUAAAGAGAAAUAAAAAUCAAGAUUGAUAUUAAUAAAAUUACAUAGAGACAUCCUUAUUUAGAUUAUUUAUUCAAAUUAGAACCUCCAUAAUUAACUGAUGAUUCAAUUGAUUCUCCAUAGUUGUAAUAUAUUGUAAAAGACUUGUUAAUUAAAGAUUUAAGUACUGUUAGUUUAGUAUAACCUUUCACAAUGAAAGUUGGUUGUCCUGAAUUAUUAUUUGAAUAUAUUUGUUGUUCAUGUGGAGGAUAUGAAUUUCUAAAUAAUUUAUUAAUGUGUGAAAAUUGCAAUAAAACAUAUCAUUUUUAUUGUCAAAUUAAUAAUUCUCAAUAUCAUUAAUAAAGAGUAAUUAAAUCCUUAUAAAAUUGGACAUGUAAUAAUUGUGUUAAAUGUAAGGAAUGUGAUAAAUAUGGUUUAAAAAAUGAUUUAUUUUGCUGCAAUUGUAAUGAUUUUUAUCAUUUCUAAUGUGUUUUCAAUAAUUUUAUAGCUCCAACUGAUGGAUUAGAUUAUUGGAAAUGUAAAAAUUGUUUUAAAUGUGCUAAUUGUUAAAAUACUAAAUUAUUUGAUCCAGAAUUAUUAUCAAAAAUUAAACCAACAACAACAUCAAAUACUGUAUUUUAUAAUAAUAUCUUAGGUUCAUAUAAGUAUUGAAUACUUUUAAAAUUUUUAAUAUUGUUUAAGUUGUGGUCUAGAUGUAGCUGGUUUUAGAUUUUGUUAAUUUUGUGAAGAGUACAUAUAAAUUAAUAAUGAUUAAUAAUCUAAUGAAUGUAUUGAAAUAGAGAAUUAAGAACUUGGAUCAUUGUAUAGAUUAUAUUUCUAAGAUGUAAAAUGUAAGUUCAUUGACAUCUAUAAUUUUAGAAAAGAGUAUUGAAAAAAUAUAUUUAAAUAAAGAAACCAAGCCAAUCAAAUAGUACAAAUAGUGUAUAAAAUGUAAAUAAUUUUAUCAUGUUACUUGUUUAUUGAAGAACAAAAAAACAAUUAAUAAUGAAGGAAUAUGUUCUGAUUGUUCUUAAGACAUGUCCUAAUUAUUAUUUAAAAUAGAAAAGCUUAAAGAAUAAAAUAUAAGAUAAACUAUAAAGGCUAAGUCAUUAAAAAAAGUAGUUCCUGUUGUUUCUAAUUUUUUGGAAUGGGCACCUCAAUUAAAUUAAGUUUAGUAAACUUUCAUUAUGGAAAAUUUAGAGUAAUUAGAAUCUCUUGUAUCUAACUUUUUUUAAUAUUAACAAAAUAUUGAGAAUUUAAAAGAGGAUUUAACAAAUAAUAAAGAUAUUAGUGAUGAAUAUAUUGGUAAAUUGACUUAAUAUUGGUGUGCAAGAUAUAAUUGGUUUGAAGCUCCAAGAUAAUUAUUUACUGUUACAUAAUAAAAACGAUAAGAAUUUGUUCAUUUUUAAUUGGAAAAUGAUUUUCAUGAAAGAUAAUUAUUGAUCCAUUUCUUUAAAUAAAAAAAACAAUUUGUUAUAUUCUCAUUAUAAACAAUACUUGGUUAAAAUAAUUCAUUAUUUGAAUUUAAUAAAGUUAAUAGAUUUGCUUUAGAUACAAUUAGUCUUAUAACUGAUUUAUAAUGUUGUUUUGUAUAACAUUUAAAAUAUGAGUAUUCAUUUUAAUAUCUGGAUAAUUAAUAUUACACAAAUUAUUUAAAUAUUUUGGAUUAAUAUUAAAAUUCACGAUUAUAUAGAAUGAAAUUCUUAUAAAAUUAAAAGUAAUAAUUAUUAUUCCUUCCAAUUCCUAAUUCAAUUGUAAGAUCAAUUAAAAAAUAAUAUACUUCAUAGAUGGUAGAAUUAAAAAAGUAAUAAGCUAAAGAUCAUAUUUUAGUUUAGAAAGGAUGGUUAAAAAUAGCAACAAAUUAUUUGAAAUAAAAUAUAAAAUAAUUGAAUGAUAAAUAUUCAGAAACUUAAAUAACAGAAAAAUUAAAAUCAUAUUAAUAAAAUAAUUAAUUAAUAAAAUAAUGUAUUUAAGAAAUGAAAUAAUUAUAUGAUAAUAAAAUUUAAGAAGCAGAAUAAAUUUUAAUUAAAUAAGAAUAAGAAAUGAAAUAAUAACCAAAGGAAUAAUGUAUAAUUUAAAAUGAAUAUAUAUAAAAAUUUCCAUAAUUAGAUGAAGAUCAAUUAAUAGAAAGUCCAUUAGAUAAAAUUUAAUGUUAAUUAUGUAAAAAAAAUGGAAAUCGUAGUGUAAGUGGUAGAUUAUUAUAUGUUGAUGAUAUACGUUGGGUUCAUACUAAUUGUGUUCUUUGGAAUGAAGAUAGUAAAGAAUGUGAAUUAACUGUUAAAGCAUUACUUAAAAAUAAUAAUUUUAAAUGUGAAUAUUGUCAAUAAGUUGGAUCUUCAAUUAUUUGUGGGAAAUGUAGAAAAAGAUGUCAUUUUUAUUGUGGUUAUAAAGAAUAAUGGGCAUUUACUAAUAGUAAAAAAGUAUAUUGUUAAUCUUGUUUUGAUAGUUAGGAAUAAUGUGUAACAAGUUUUAUGAUUUGGAGAAAAAUAGUUGUAUAAUAAAAAUAAGAUAAAAAAUCUUAAACAAUUCUUCAUAGAUAUUCUAAUACAAUAUUAAUUGCUUUAAAACCAUCAGAAUAAAGAGGAUAAUUUGAAGAAUUAAAUUUAUUAACAUUAAGAGAUAAAAUUUUAUAUAUAUCAUUAAAUAUGAAAGAAUUUAAAAUUAAAUAUGCUGAAGUAAAUAAGUAAUAAUUUCUCAAAGAAUGUGAAAAAAGUGAUAAAAAUAGAUAAUUAUAAUUUUCAGUUACUAAAUUAGUAUUAGAUAAAUAUCCAUAUAAAGAAUAUAAAGUUUAAAAUUUAUAAGAAUUACUUGAUUCAUUUAAAGAUAAUAAUAUAAAAGGAAUAGAAUUUACAGAAAAUUUAGGAGAAUUCUUUUUAUUAUAUACAUAAUAAGUUAGAUAAUAAUUAUUGGAUACUAAAAAUAUAUAAAAAAUGUGUAAUUCAGUUUGUCAAUUCAGUUAAUUUAAAGAAUGGUUUUAUUAAUAAUCUUUUGUUGAAGAUCUUCCAUUAGAUGAAAGAAUGCAAAUAUUAUAAUAAAUUAGUAGAGUAAUAACUGAAACUUAAGUUAAUGAAAAUACUAUUUAUGAUAAUCAUCCAAUGUUAUAUGAUAGUUUACCAACAAUUAAACAUUAAAAUAGUAAAUUAUCAAGAAAAGAUCCUUAAUAAAAAAUUGUUACUAUUAAUCCUAAUGAUAUUUUAGAAGAAGCCAAUCUAUUAACUGAAGAAUUAAAAUAAAUUGAUAAAUAAGAAGAAUUAGAAAAAAAAUUAAAAUAAGAAUCCAAAAAUUAGAAAUAAAAGAAUAAACUUUAUGUUGCACCUUCACAUAUUCAUAAAUAUGGAUUAUUCACUAAAUAAGAGUAUUUUUAAUUAUAUUUUUAGUUUUAAAAAAGGAGAUUUUGUAAUUGAAUACACAGGAGAAGUUAUAAGAAAUGCACUUGCAGAUUAUAGAGAAUUAACUUAUAAUGAAUAAGGAUUUGGAGAUUGUUAUAUGUUUAGGGCAUCAAAAACUAAAGUAAUAGAUGCAACAUUUAAAGGAUCAGAAGCUAGAUUUCUAAAUCAUAGUUGUCAAGUAAUUAAUUCUUUUAAUAAUAGCCAAAUUGUGAUUCUUUAUUAUUAGAUGAAAAAAUUUUGAUUUAUGCUAGAAAGGAUAUUUCAAUUGGAGAAGAAUUAACUUAUGAUUAUUAAUUUGAAAUAGAAGCAGAAUCAUAAAAAAUAUAAUGUAGUUGUGGUGCAAAAAAUUGUAUUGGUAGAUUAAAUUGA